AAACUGAGUUGGCGGUAGGCUUAAAAUUAACAAAACAAAUUGUUUAUACGAAAAAUAGUUGAAAAUGAAAUGAAGUUUUAAGAAUGAGGACAGUUUUUGUUCACUAAGUUGAUCAUUAAUGCAAAUAAAUUUCAUUGUAUAGUGAGGUAAAAAAUGUGCUCUAGGCUACUAACUAUUACUUAUACGUUUUUUUUUAAAAAUGUAAUAAUAAUUCUGAACGGGCAGGCCUGGUUUACACAGCCCUACUAAUAACUAUUAUUAUUGUUUCAAAUUUGCCAAUGAGCCCAAUGGCUAUGCCUAGUGAGCCUAGGUUUCUAAAUCAUAAUUUGAGCUAAUCUGUAUUUAAAUUUUAAGCUAUAUAAGCUUCCAAUUGAGGCGACAACUUUUGAAACAUUUCUGUCUAUUGCCUCAAAUUAAAUCAAUAAAAUACAUUGAUUAUUGAUGGUGGGCCCUUAAAUAAAAACUUAAAAUGUUAAGAAGAAGGGCAUCAAAAUCAAUUUAAUGCAUCAGGUAUCGUUAGUUUUUGAGUGUCUUUGACUCUGUUGAACUUUGUUGACUUUUGAGCAUUUUUACAGGCUACGGCUCUCUCCUACCAGUAGCGCUACUUACUACUGGUUGUAAGCACUUCUUAGAAUUAGGUACACCCCCCCCCCCUUCCCCACCCAACCAAAACACCAGAAAAACUGGUAUCAUAAUUUCAUUGUCAAAAUGGCAACCUCCACUUUUUAAUUUACAUGGGGCUAAGAGGGUAUCGUUAUUUAGCCUUUUAUAUUACUUAAAAGCAAACAUCUUGCUUGCUCUUUUAAGAAUUUAUUAGAUUUUUUUUUCGAGGUUGAAGUUUUGACUUCAAAAAUUAACUGAUCAAUCACUUUUUUUUUUUAAAGAUUUUAUUACAACAAAUUCUAAUACCGGUACUAAUAUAAUUAUAGUAUUAUACAUACAGUGAAAUACGCUUAACAUGAAAAAUGGAUUAACACAAAAUAAAAAUGCGGUCCCCUACAAAAUACGAGGUAUUUUCAUACAUUUUUUUUCUUUUAACAAACAAAAAUUGCUGCACGCGAAAAUAUUUCGCUUCUAUGAAUGAACAUAAUACAUACAUCUGCCUGGGAGAAUGUAGAGGGGUUUAAAGUAUAAAAAAAGGCGGUGUCUCCUGUGAAAGAAGGCUAACUCUGCUUUAAAUAUCGACACCAUAGGGAGAGCCGGUGAGAAGAGACAAUGUUUAUCUAAAUUAAAUUAAUAGCACAAUGGACGAUGUUGAAAAAUUUGAUGCUAUUUAAAGUAAAUAGCGCUGUCCUGACAAAUGCGCUAUAAUAUAUUUCUCAACAAAAAACCUUGAAAUAGCGCAAACGAUGUAAAACUUGAAUUCUACAAGGAUCUAUGUGAGACAUUGUGUUUUUUCCUGCGAAUAACACAUAAUGCCACGCUGAAAACAAAUUAUGUCAUGAACAGGCUUAUUGCAGACUUAUUGCUUCAAUGAUCACACUGUUCCCUGCUGUGUUUCUAAAAUCAUGUGAUGAAAUAGCAUGUUUUCAGAAGUUUGCUUUAAGACUGUGACUGUGGGUUGUGAAUGAAUUAUGGAUAUCGAGCAUAAAUUUCACCACCACACAGCGAAAGCAAGACGGUCAAAAUCGCACCAUGUGCAUAAAGUACAUAUAUUUUUUGGAUGUUCAUAAAAACAGAUUCAUCAAAAGCUGUGGGAAACAUUUAUAUAUGGCACCCUUCUGUCUUCGCGAGACGAUGGAGUAGGUAUGUAGUCCUACACUUCGACGAGUGGCUCGACAAUCUCGACUGCAUUUCUCGCAGGAGAAUAUUGAAUCCUGGUUAUGUUUGUUCUUCUGUAUUGUUCUUUUUGAUGCAAGGGCUUUAUUUCGUGCAUCUUCUGCCUUUUUUACUCCUUCAUACACUGCCAUCCGCCAGCUGGAAUGUUGUUCAGCAAUGAUCUCCGAUUUGUUAUCAAUGUUGGCUUCUCUCAUGCUACUUUUGAAAACGUCCUUAAAUCUCAGGAGUGGCCGUCCAACAAGUCUUUUCCCUUCUGCCAACUCUCCAUACAACAGCAUCUUUGGGAUACAGCCUUCCUCCAUUCUCCUUAUAUGGCCUAACCAGCGAAAGCGCCUCUUGCUAAGAGCGGAGAAUAUGCUAAACAUUUUUGCAUGUUCCAAGACCUCUGUGUUAGUGUUAGGCACCUUGUCCUGCCAUCGAAUGCAUAAAAUGUGGCACAGACAUCUUUGAUAGAACCUGUUAAGUUUCCGCUCAUGACUGUUAUAUGUGGUCCACACUGCACUGCCAUAUAGGAGCGUACUAAGCACACAUGCCUGAUAGACACUUAGUUUUGUUUUAUGGGUUAGAUAGAUAUUAUUCCACACCAGCUUAUUCAGUUAGCCAUAGUUGCUGCUUUUGCGAUCCUGAUGUUUAUCUCUUCAUCAAAGGAGAGAGAACUAGAAAUAUUAGAUCCAAGGAAUGUGAAAUGCUCAACAACUGACAGAUUAUGGCCCUCAAUAGAUAUGAUUGGAGGGGACAGUGCUUCUUUCAUCAUAACAUGUGUUUUCUGUAGACUAAUUGUCAGUCCAAACUCUUUACAAGCACGUGAUAGACAAUUAACCAGCCCCUGAAGACCUUCUUCUGUAUGAGAGGUUAAGGCGGCAUCAUCAGCAAACAGCAGUUGACGAAUUAGUACCUUUUUUACCUUGGUCUUUACACGAAGGUGGGCGAUAUUGAACAGCCUACAUUAUGUCUACAUUUAAAAGUAAAUCAACUGCCUUGAGAAAUUUCUUCUUCUUUUCAAUGCACUAAAGUCUUCUUCUUUUCAAUGCACUAAAGUCUUCUUCUUUCAUAUUAUUGAGUAUGCUUUUUAUUCUGGCUGAACCUGUGAAUAGCCCCACUUUUGCUUUGGUCCCUAGAAUUUGUGCUUAUCAUUGGUUUCACUGUUAACCAUUUUCAGGAGCUGCAGGAAGGGCUUACUAUUUUUAAAAAGGCUGCCACAUCUUGUACAGACAGUUAAAACACUUAUACACUUCACAAAUGCACAACACAAAUGAAAAAUAAUACUACAUUUACAAAUAAAUAAAAAAAUAUAUAAAAUAUAUUUUUAAUUAAGAUAAAAUCAAAACUAAAAAAGUGAAACUCUGUCUAUUGAUCCCCAAACAUGAUAACCUUUGUCGUUCAUUUACUCUACCAGAAGACCACACAGGAUUGUAUCAAAUAGUCACUGCUCAUAACCAAACAACUGAUAUUUGAGCGUUUUCCAUAAAUGACAUCAUGCGUAUGGGGGGGGGGGGGGGUUUUGCAUGUGUUUUUUAAAAAUGUGUGAUUGUUGACUUGUUUAAAUUAUGUGAUAGUUGUGUGUAAGUCUGGAUCAUUUACUCUACCAGAAGACCACACAGGAUUGUAUCAAAUAGUCACUGCUCAUAACCAAACAACUGAUAUUUGAGCGUUUUCCAUAAAUGACAUCAUGCGUAUGGGGGGGGGGUGUUUUGCAUGUGUUUGUUAAAAAUGUGUGAUUGUUGACUUGUCUAAAUUAUGUGAUAGUUGUGUGUCAGUCUGGGGAGAAGAGUCACAAUUUGGAGUGUGCCCUUGACAUCUUUUAUGGAUGGCCUCUUAUCCUUUUGCCCAAAAUAGAUUAAUUGAGGUACCAUACUCUUCCAUGUUUUGUUUUUGUAAUGAGUGAAUUGAACUGUAUCUCAUAUUUAUGAAACUUAGUUUGUAUUUUAUUUAGCUAAGCUAAUUAUUUUUUUUUAAUUUUAGUACCGGUAGGCCUAUAUGCUAUAUAAGUAAUUGAAGCCUGUAUGAUAUAACUUUAAUUUUUUUCAGAACUAAUUUAUUAAGAAAUGGAAGUUGGGAUUCCACAUGUGAGCCAAUUGCAACAGGCUCGACAGCGAAUUGAAAAGUGGUGUGAAUCAGAACUUGAGAUUGUAUUGAAAAUAGUUAAAAUAAAGAAUUCAACAAAUGAGGUGGACAAUCUAAAUAGUGAGUCUUCUAUAUUAUUUUCACAUUGCUCAAAAAAACAUUUUCAGAGAUGUUAGUGAAAAGGCUUUAUAUAAUAGUUUGUGUGCAGAGCAAAGGGUUCAAGUUAAAAAUAAAAAUCAACAGUAUUCCUCUUUAUUCAACUAAGAAACAAAGUUAAAGCUCUAAAUAGUGAUGGUUUUUUAACAAUGAUAUUUAGCUUUUAAAUUAAAUGCCUACCAUAAUUUUGAGAGUUGUUUACAAUUGACUGAUAGGAUGCUCCUUAAUCAAUUUUUUAAAAAUAAUAUCAUGUGACUCUCACUUUCAGAACAAAUUCAAGACUUGAUAUCCAAAAUUAAAAGUCAGCAAAAGAUAAAGAAAAAAGGUUAGAACAGAAUGAAUUGAUUUGUCACAUUUGAGUGGAAACUUUGGAGUAUAAUAACAGAAGUAUAUUUGAAAGUAGGGUAGCACAGAUUGGCAAAUUAGAAGAUGGCGGAACAUUCGCGAUGUUAAUAUUUUAUAUUUAGUUUAUUGAUGCCUACUGAAUGGCUGAUAUAAAUUUUAUAUAAUUUAUUGUACUCUUUCAUAAUUAAUGGUAAUGUGGGUACGGGUAAAGCAUAAUAACAUUAAAUGGCUGAAGAAAUGGAAGCCAGAGUUUCUCAAUCCUCAUAACAUGAAAAAUUUGUCUCUGAUCACCAAUGCCACUUAGUUUACAGGCUAAUAAGCACCCAGAAAAACUGUUCGCUUUACAUAUGUAAUUAGCGUAUGCACGGGUAGCACAGAUUGGCAAAUUAGAAGAUGGCGGAUUUACAUACAUAUGUAAUUAGCUUAUGCAAGGUUUGAGGGAACUUUUUUAGCUAUUAUUCAAAAAUAUAUUUGUUCACGCCGAAAAACCCCUGAUUUAUUUAUUACACAAUAAAAUCAAAUUUCUUUUUUUUUUUUUUAGAUAUGGAAUAUGUUAUAAAAAGCAGUUUAACCUACUUUGUUAACAUUUUUUACAGUGUUAUUUCUUAAUAAAGUUUUACAUUUAUUACUUAGCCUACAUCAGUAAAGUUCAAGUGCAAAAAGAACUGCAGUCAGAGUGUGAGGUGAAACGAUCAUCCAGAGCUGGGAAGGAGAAGCUAAUUGCUACUCUGAAGGAGGAGAUAACACAUCUACAAGUACAACUUGACUCUUUCAAAAAAAGUAUGUUUUUGUGUGUGUUGACCUCUUGAUUUAGAUUUAUAAGCAAAUAAACUAUGAAUGGGAAGUCUUUGUGAAAUCUAAUUUUUUUUUUAUUAAAAUUUUAAGAAUGCAAAAUAUUAUGCAAGAAAUAUAAAACUAAAUACUUUAUAGUUGGAAUAGUUUCUCUAUUUCUCUAAUUUUAUGAAGGAGGCACCCAUUGCGAUGAAAAGUUUAAACUUUUGGAAGAAGAGGAAGUUCUUUCGUGCAAGCUCCUGGGACUCCAGAUUAAAAAAGUUAAAGGUAAUCAUGCAGUCUGAAGCUUUACUGCAUCUUGAUUUAUCAUGAUCUAACAAGUCGUAUACGUUUCUUAGUUUUAAUUGUUGCACCAAUUAUAUCAAAUGCUUAGUUUCAUCAUGCUGAAAUUGCAAAGCAGAUGUUACAUUAUUUUAUAUUUAUCAUCGUAGGUCCCUGGUUGCAGUUUGUCUUUACACAGAUUGAUGUCAACAAACCUGAGUCAUGUUGCUUCUUUUUGCUGAAAAUAGAUGAAAGCCGUAAAUAUAUAGGUAUGGCCCACGUACAUCCUAAAUGAAAUUUUGGUUUUAGCCUACAGUCACACAUAAAUAUAUUUUGGUGUCUUAAACUAUUUUUUUCUUACAUGUAAAAAAGAAAAUACACAUAACUUCUUGUUAAUUUUGUAUGCUCUAAGAAUGGUGAUUAAAUAUAUAUAUUUUUUUUUUUUUGGUAUUUCCAGUGGGGGAUUGUCAGCCCAAAGUAAGAGACAUAGACCAACUUUUAGAAAGACUCAACUCCACAAACAACCUCAGAGCUUUUGUCCAUGCCAUGAGGAAAAGAUUUGUCAGUCAUGUGCGAUAAUAAUUGUAAUGUAUUUUUUUUUUUUUAUAUUUGACCAUAAAUAUAGCCAGCAGUUUAUAUAUUACAGAUGUUCAGAAAAUACCAAAUCACUGUUACAAGUUUUUUAAUUCAAAAUUAAAACAUUACACUGAACAAAAGAGUUACUAAAAAUCUAAAUGAUUGUACUUUAAACCAUAAACAUUUCUGCCUGUCAGUGACAAUAAUUUUACACAAGUGCGAAACAAGAUUAAUGGCUUUGGUGACAUUGUAUGAUUUUUAUAACCACUAUAUUCUGUUAAUUAUGUAUGUUCCGGUUAUGUUUACAGCUGUAUUUUAAGGAAGACAAAUGUAAUAAUAUUGAUUUGCUGUACAUUAAGACUUCUAAAAGUAAUUUAUUUGGCGUAAAGACCUUAUUCAUAGUCUGCUCUCUAGAAUAAGAUACAGUCUAGUUCCAUCCCUACUAAAACUACUUAAUAAUGUCAUAGGAACUGAAAAAACUUUGGCUUAUGUGGUCAAGGAGACAAAAAUGUAGUUAAUCAUUGGUAAAUCAAGAUUCCAAUUGAAACAUCCAUUGUCAACUUUUUAAUUUUGCAUAGUCCAUGUUUUAAGUUUAACACAACUCCUUUGAUUGUCUAAACUAGGAGAAAAAAAGUUUAUUGGAGUUUGUAUUAUUUCAUUUUAACCAUGAAUUACUACUUAAGCAUAUGUGAAAAUAAAAAUAUUUGUAAUCCCAGCUACAUGAACAUGCCUUCAUAAAAACUCAUUUCAAUUACAGCCAAACUAUAAUGUUCUCUUACAGAAAUUGUAGGUGUCUUUGAUCUUACAGUUACAGAGAGAAAUAUAUUUCAAUUCUGGUAACUUUUGAAAUUUAUAAUUUUUUUUUUUUUAAAGUGUGUGAAACUCCAUUUACUGUUCUUUUAAAAAAUCUGUCCUUGAUCUUUGUUGAAGUAAUUUUACCAGGACAAGGUAUUUGUAAAAAUAUGGGUUUUUUUUGUUUUUUUUAAGUAAUUUUAUCAGGACAAGAUAUUUGUAAAAAUGUGUCUUUGUGAGACUUAUCUAGAUGUGUUGAGACUGAUAAGGGUUUUUUUAUAAAGACUUUUUAAUUGUAUUGAAGUACCUUGUGUUGCAAGGCUGCAAGAUAUUUAUGAAUCAAAGCAACUUAUUUUUACCAGAUGUAACAUGCUUGAAACUAUUGCACACAUAUUUUUGUCUCAUUUGCCAGUUUAAAAAAAAAAUUCCUUAACUUUCUUUAUAAAUUAAAAUCUCUGAAUAAAUAAAGGUUGGAAUGACUUAAUGAAAAA